CCCCAUCCCUCUUUAUAAAUGCCUUUCCAGGCACCGACUUCCUCCUCCUCUUUCGACUCUCCAAAGAUAUCUGAAACCCUUCUUGUUGGCUUUUUCCGUACCUAACUCCAUGAGCCUUCUCGACAAGCUUUGGGACGACACCCUCGCCGGCCCCCAACCCGACGCCGGUCUCGGGCGCCUUCGGAAGCCCUUCUCCCUAUCUAUCCGCCCGCCCUCCGCCCGAGAAGAGGCGGCGGCCGGCGGCGGGGGCGGUGGAGGGAGAUCGUACGGCGAGGAGGAGGAGCCGAGGGUUUCGAGGGCCAUCAUGAUAAAGAGGCCGACAGGGCGCCCGUCUCCGGCGAGCGGGACUCCGCCAUCGUCCCCGGCCGGAUUUACUCCUCCGGUCUCCCCCUUCGCCGGUGGUGGAAGAGGGAAGGAGUGGAACCGCUUUAGGAGGAAAUACGAGAGAAGAGGAGGAGAGACGGUGGGGGUGGAAGAGGAGAGUUCUUUUCCUCCGUUUGAGAUGUGAGCUCUCCAUGGGAGCUCUGGACCUACGCCCACUCUCAUGAGGGGAAGACUCUGUAGCUCAUCAUGGGACAUAUAUGAUAUAUAUAUAUAUAGAGAGAGAGAGGGGGGGUGGGAUGUUUCUGGAAAUUGAACCGAGCAAAGAGCAAGUGACAAGUCGGACUGUAGUUGUCCUAUGUAAUUAUGUUUGGUUGGAGAGCUAUGUUACUAUGUAUGUGUCUUGUUUGUUUUUUUUUCCCCUCUAAUUUUAGAGAAAACUAUCUAUAUUGAGUUUGGGUUUUGAAUUAUGGACUAUUUUAUUUUA